AUGGCCGAUUACUACACUCAGGAUUAUGGAGCACCAGUGGAAUAUAAUAAUUCAGAAGCUGGUUACGGGUCCACCACUCAACCUGCUGCAACGGGCAAUGGAGAAUACAAUCAGUUUUCCUAUGACCACAUGAAAGAUGAGGAUGAUUAUCAAACAGGUGCUAUGCGCAGCGAUAGGAGACCACCAACUCCUCAGUCCAAAUACGAUUCUGGUAGCGAUGACCGCAGUCGAGUGAAAAAACGUGACCGUAAAAGGUCGCGCAGCCGCAGCCGUGAUCGCCGGCGUCACAGUCGUGACCGUGAUCGACACCGUGACCGUAGCAGAGAACGUAAGUCCAGGCGGCAUCAUUCUCGUCAUCGGUCUCCGUCAAGUCCAGCAUUGGUCUACAAGUAUUGGGACGUCCCACCACCUGGAUUUGAGCAUGUGACACCUGCUCAGUACAAAGCUCUACAGGCAUCGGGUCAGAUACCAGUAAAUGUUUAUGCCGCGGGACAAGUACCGAUGCCGGUUCACGCACCGAAUGCUCCACUAACACUCACAACGAACGUGCCGUUUGCUGGAAGUGCUGUAUGCAGACAAGCGCGUCGUUUGUACGUUGGUAAUAUACCGUUUACUGCGACGGAAGAGAAUAUGAUGGAGUUCUUCAAUAAACAGAUGAGGGCUCAAGGUCUCAUUCAGGCAGAGGGGAAUCCGAUAAUUGCCGUGCAGAUCAACAUGGAGAAGAACUUCGCCUUCCUUGAGUUCCGUUCUGUCGACGAGACAACUCAAGGAUUGGCACUCGAUGGUGUAUUGUUUCAAAAUCAAGCACUGAAACUCCGUCGACCCCGUGACUAUGCUCCCCUUCCCGGUGUAUCAGAGCAACCUUCUGUCAUUGUUCCUGGAGUGGUCAGUACUGUCGUCCAGGAUUCCCCACACAAAAUAUUUGUCGGUGGUCUUCCUAACUAUCUGAAUGAGGACCAGGUGAAAGAGCUGCUGUUGAGCUUCGGCCCUUUAAAGGGGUUCAACCUUGUCAAAGAUGGCUCGACCGGUUUGUCGAAAGGUUAUGCCUUCUCUGACUGGACACCUCCAUUACAGUCCUUUCGAAAGCUGAAGGUAUCAGGUGUUUCUAUCCCAAUGGCCGAUUACUACACUCAGGAUUAUGGAGCACCAGUGGAAUAUAAUAAUUCAGAAGCUGGUUACGGGUCCACCACUCAACCUGCUGCAACGGGCAAUGGAGAAUACAAUCAGUUUUCCUAUGACCACAUGAAAGAUGAGGAUGAUUAUCAAACAGGUGCUAUGCGCAGCGAUAGGAGACCACCAACUCCUCAGUCCAAAUACGAUUCUGGUAGCGAUGACCGCAGUCGAGUGAAAAAACGUGACCGUAAAAGGUCGCGCAGCCGCAGCCGUGAUCGCCGGCGUCACAGUCGUGACCGUGAUCGACACCGUGACCGUAGCAGAGAACGUAAGUCCAGGCGGCAUCAUUCUCGUCAUCGGUCUCCGUCAAGUCCAGCAUUGGUCUACAAGUAUUGGGACGUCCCACCACCUGGAUUUGAGCAUGUGACACCUGCUCAGUACAAAGCUCUACAGGCAUCGGGUCAGAUACCAGUAAAUGUUUAUGCCGCGGGACAAGUACCGAUGCCGGUUCACGCACCGAAUGCUCCACUAACACUCACAACGAACGUGCCGUUUGCUGGAAGUGCUGUAUGCAGACAAGCGCGUCGUUUGUACGUUGGUAAUAUACCGUUUACUGCGACGGAAGAGAAUAUGAUGGAGUUCUUCAAUAAACAGAUGAGGGCUCAAGGUCUCAUUCAGGCAGAGGGGAAUCCGAUAAUUGCCGUGCAGAUCAACAUGGAGAAGAACUUCGCCUUCCUUGAGUUCCGUUCUGUCGACGAGACAACUCAAGGAUUGGCACUCGAUGGUGUAUUGUUUCAAAAUCAAGCACUGAAACUCCGUCGACCCCGUGACUAUGCUCCCCUUCCCGGUGUAUCAGAGCAACCUUCUGUCAUUGUUCCUGGAGUGGUCAGUACUGUCGUCCAGGAUUCCCCACACAAAAUAUUUGUCGGUGGUCUUCCUAACUAUCUGAAUGAGGACCAGGUGAAAGAGCUGCUGUUGAGCUUCGGCCCUUUAAAGGGGUUCAACCUUGUCAAAGAUGGCUCGACCGGUUUGUCGAAAGGUUAUGCCUUCUCUGACUGGACACCUCCAUUACAGUCCUUUCGAAAGCUGAAGGUAUCAGGUGUUUCUAUCCCAAUGGCCGAUUACUACACUCAGGAUUAUGGAGCACCAGUGGAAUAUAAUAAUUCAGAAGCUGGUUACGGGUCCACCACUCAACCUGCUGCAACGGGCAAUGGAGAAUACAAUCAGUUUUCCUAUGACCACAUGAAAGAUGAGGAUGAUUAUCAAACAGGUGCUAUGCGCAGCGAUAGGAGACCACCAACUCCUCAGUCCAAAUACGAUUCUGGUAGCGAUGACCGCAGUCGAGUGAAAAAACGUGACCGUAAAAGGUCGCGCAGCCGCAGCCGUGAUCGCCGGCGUCACAGUCGUGACCGUGAUCGACACCGUGACCGUAGCAGAGAACGUAAGUCCAGGCGGCAUCAUUCUCGUCAUCGGUCUCCGUCAAGUCCAGCAUUGGUCUACAAGUAUUGGGACGUCCCACCACCUGGAUUUGAGCAUGUGACACCUGCUCAGUACAAAGCUCUACAGGCAUCGGGUCAGAUACCAGUAAAUGUUUAUGCCGCGGGACAAGUACCGAUGCCGGUUCACGCACCGAAUGCUCCACUAACACUCACAACGAACGUGCCGUUUGCUGGAAGUGCUGUAUGCAGACAAGCGCGUCGUUUGUACGUUGGUAAUAUACCGUUUACUGCGACGGAAGAGAAUAUGAUGGAGUUCUUCAAUAAACAGAUGAGGGCUCAAGGUCUCAUUCAGGCAGAGGGGAAUCCGAUAAUUGCCGUGCAGAUCAACAUGGAGAAGAACUUCGCCUUCCUUGAGUUCCGUUCUGUCGACGAGACAACUCAAGGAUUGGCACUCGAUGGUGUAUUGUUUCAAAAUCAAGCACUGAAACUCCGUCGACCCCGUGACUAUGCUCCCCUUCCCGGUGUAUCAGAGCAACCUUCUGUCAUUGUUCCUGGAGUGGUCAGUACUGUCGUCCAGGAUUCCCCACACAAAAUAUUUGUCGGUGGUCUUCCUAACUAUCUGAAUGAGGACCAGGUGAAAGAGCUGCUGUUGAGCUUCGGCCCUUUAAAGGGGUUCAACCUUGUCAAAGAUGGCUCGACCGGUUUGUCGAAAGGUUAUGCCUUCUGUGAGUACGUGGAUGCUAAUGUUACAGACCACGCGUGUGCCGGUCUUAAUGGCAUGCAGUUGGGUGACAAGAAGCUAAUAGUGCAGAGAGCGAGUGUUGGUGCCAAACACACAACCAAUGCCCUACCUCAGAGUUUGCUACAACUGCCUGGUCUGGAAGACGGCUCAGUUCAGAACACAACUGGUUCGGGUAAUAUCACCAUCCGUAGUAGUGGACCACCGACGGAGGUGUUGUGUCUAAUGAACAUGAUCGAAACGUCAGAACUGGAGGAUGACGAUGAGUAUGAAGAUAUAGUAGAAGAUGUGCGCGCAGAAUGCAGUAAAUAUGGCGUUGUUCGGAGUCUGGAGAUACCCCGUCCAAUUCCUGGAGUUGAGGUUCCUGGGGUCGGGAAAAUAUAUGUUGAGUUUGCCAGUUUGAUUGACUGCCAGAAAGCCGCGACCGCGUUGACUGGUCGAAAGUUCAACCAGCGUUUGGUUGUCACUUCCUUCUUCAACCCUGAUAACUAUCACCGAAGGGAAUUUUAACCAUAUUUGACUAUGGCUGUCUUUAGUUGUAUAUAUGACACAUUUUAAACUUAAUGAAUUGACCUAAAUAAUAUCUUACAGCGAUUU